AUGGCAGAAUUAGAAUCAUCGAAAAAAUACCAGGCCAAGCAGGAGGUGUUUUUCGACGACGGUCGUGAAAUCGAGCUCCUGCAUUUUGUGUAUGGCAAGCCAAAUAUCGAAGAAAUUAGAGGCAAUCCUGAAAAGGUCCUCGCAGCAAUCGACGAGUAUGCUAGAACUCAAAAAUACCUCAUGAACGUAGGUGAGGAUAAAGGCAGAAUCGUUACAGAUUUGAUCGCUGAAGUCAAGCCGCAAGUGAUGGUAGAGUUGGGAGGAUAUAUUGGAUACUCUUGCAUUCUCUUCGGAGAGGCAGUGAGGAAAGCUGGUGGCAAGAAGUAUUUCAGUCUGGAACGAAAUCCUGAAUUUGCUGCUGUCAUUGCAUCGCUCGUUGAUCUUGCAGGCCUCAGCGACCUGGUGAAGGUCAUUGUCGGGUCGAGUGAUGUAGCGAUCAAGCGCCUUCACGCAAACGGUACUGUUCAACGAAUCGAUAUGAUGUUCUUGGACCAUUACAAACCAGCCUACACAACAGAUUUGAAACUUUGUGAAGAGCUUGGACUUGUAGGUCCAGGAUCGGUACUAGCCGCCGAUAACGUUAUUGCUCCAGGCAAUCCACCAUACCUCGAAUACGUUCGUAGCACAUGCGAGCAAAAGCGCAGUGCUUCUAAAGGCGAGUCAGUGAAUGGGGUGGACAAGAGGUUCGAGGACAGAACCUCUAAGCAGUAUGCCAAGCGCGAGGGUGAUGCCAAGCUUGACGAAACUCGAGUUGGAAACCCCAAUCUCAUCUAUGAGAGCAAACUUGUAAAAAGCUUUGAGCCAGAAGGCGUACCGGACGCUGUCGAGAUAACCAGAUGUGUCGGUGAAGAGUGA